GGAGGCAUGCAUACUUAUUGGCAGUGAGCAGUUAAGAUCUACCCCUAUAACGCCCACUCUUCACCAUGGUCCAAGACGAGCAGACGCUUCGUGCGUAUUCGUCUUCAAACUCACCAAUCUAUCAGGAUGAUACUGCGAAAGUCUUGCUAUUCGAGGAUCUACACCUCUGACGGAUUGGAUUUCCACCCUCUAUUUCAACAGCACAUGGAUAUGUAUUCUUUAUUACUAGGUGAAACUGAAAAGCCAAGGGAACUAGGCAUCUGAUUCAUCGCACCUGGGAAGGGUCGAGCACAAGAAUGGGAACUAUUUCUGCAAAGAACGCCCAAGCAAAAGUAAAGGCAUAGGUAACCAGAUUGCUGCGUAAAGGAAAUGAAAACAUCGUGUUCAUCGGCGCACCUGUGAGGAAAAGAACAUUACGGACCCUAACCGUAUCGUCUGAUAUGCGAGUGAGCCAUCGCGGCAGUCCGCUGGUGGAGUUUGAACCCAUUGCGCGUUGAGGUUCUUAUUCCCCGGGUGUAAUAUUGCUUAUUUAUAGGUAUCCCAUCCUAUCUUCAUCAAAUUGACUUGAAACCAGAGAAAAAGGAACAUCGUUCAGGAAAAAGAGAAACAGAUCCAGCACUGUGGGACACCAUCACUUCCUAUUUGGCCUUUCAAGGAUGACCGAAGCCCACUGCCUGACUUCUUCCCCCGCCUGAGUGAAAAUCAGUGAAGCUGAGACCUUUAUGACAGAUACUCUGCAGUCUGACUGACAUCGGGUCUGGUUAAGUCUGAGUAAAUGCUGUACCUUCUUCAUGUGGGCUUGAUAGGCAAUUAAGUGCCCAUGAAUAAAGACACCGGUGUUUGCACGUGGAUGGAGAUCCAAAAUCAGCAGAGCUGUCAGUCUUGGCUCUGAGCGCCAGAUACUCUCAUGUUCCUGGACCGAUGCCUCGCAUCUUCGCUCCACGUCAACCUGUCCACAUGUAGCAGCCCGAGCCUACAUCUAUCUUCAGCUCAGACGCCGCCGGUGGAGCCUUCAUGAGCAUCUCCAGCCAUUCUACGCUUCUCAGAUAGAGUUACCCAGAGAGAUGGAGCGGCUGAUCUUCUCCCUGCUGGUGCUGGCUGUGUCUGCAUCGGGGCAGCUGUGCCCCAAACGUUGCAUGUGCCAGAACCUGUCGCCAUCUCUGGCCAUCCUCUGCGCCAAGACAGGGCUGCUUUUUGUGCCAAUGGUCAUUGAUCGGCGUACGGUGGAGCUGCGCCUCACGGAGAACUUCAUCACGGCGGUGAGGAGGCGGGACUUCGCAAACAUGACCAGCCUCCUGCACCUGACGCUCUCCCGCAAUACCAUCAGCCAGAUCAUGCCUUACACUUUCGCCGACCUGAAGAAGCUGCGGGCGCUGCACCUGGACAGCAACCGCCUGAGCGUCGUUACCGACGACCACUUCCGGGGUCUCAACAAUCUGAGACACCUCAUCCUAGCCAACAAUCAACUGCACAACAUCUCGCUGCAUGCUUUCAAUGACUUUUUGGGGACUCUGGAGGACUUGGAUCUCUCGUACAAUAACCUGGUGGAAAUACCUUGGGAAACUAUAGGACGCCUCACCAAUGUGAACACUCUCAACAUGGACCAUAAUCUCAUAGAGCACGUCCCACUAGGAGUCUUCUCCAACUUGCACAAACUAGCCCGUCUGGAUAUGACAUCCAAUAAGCUAAAGAAAAUCCCCCCUGACCCUUUGUUUCUAAGGAUACCAGUUUAUGCCAAGUCAAAAGGAUCGCCCCUUUCUUCCCUUGUCUUGAGUUUCGGAGGGAACCCCCUUCAUUGUAACUGCGAACUGCUUUGGUUGAGGAGGCUGACGCGAGAGGAUGAUUUGGAGACCUGCGCGUCUCCUCCCGAUCUCACAGCCAAGUAUUUCUGGACCAUCCCAGAGGAGGAGUUUAUCUGCGACCCUCCUGUGAUUACAAGGAAAUCUCCCAAAACCUUUGCCAUGGAGGGCCAGCCCACCAGCCUGAAAUGCAAAGCCAAUGGGGACCCAGACCCCGAUGUACACUGGAUCUCUCCGGAGGGUCGUCUAAUCUCGAACACCUCUCGUACUUUGAGCUUUAGCAAUGGGAGCUUAGAGAUCAAUAUCACCUCCCUCAAGGACACGGGAGUCUUCACCUGCAUUGCGUCUAAUGCCGCAGGGGAGUCCACGGGAACGGUGGAACUGGUGGUCAAUCCACUUCCUCACUUAGCUAACAGCACUAACCGUAUCCGAGAACCUGAUCCAGGGCCAUCUGAUAUUCUAACCUCUGCUAAGUCGACUUCAUCCGCUAACAAUGAGACCAGGACUCAAGAGAGGAAGGUGGUACUUGCUGAGCUCACAGCAAAUUCUGCACUCAUCAGGUGGCCUUCACAACAACAUGUUCCUGGAAUCAGGAUGUAUCAGAUUCAGUACAACAGUUCAUCUGAUGACACCUUGGUAUACAGAAUGAUUCCCUCCACGAGUUACGACUUCAUGGUGCGAGAUCUGGUUUCAGGGCGGGAGUAUGACCUGUGCGUGUUAGCGGUCUACGACGACGGCGUGACCUCGCUUACAACCACUCGGCAGGUGGGCUGUGUCACGUUUGUCACAGAGACGGAAUACAGCCAGUGCCAGUCGCUCCGAAGUCACUUCCUGGGAGGAACCAUGAUCAUCAUCAUCGGAGGUAUCAUCGUGGCCUCCGUCCUCGUGUUCAUCAUCAUACUCAUGAUCCGAUAUAAAGUCUACAGCCAUCACGGAGGUGAUCCCGGGAAGGGAACCACUAUGACCAAUGUGCGAUCACAGACGAACGGGGGGCAAGCAUCGGGGCAGGUCCCAUGCUCCAGUUCAAAAAUCGUGGAGGGCCAGGAUGGCACGGGAGCGGGUUCGGCCGGGGCCGCUGCCAGUUUAAAGGAGCCCGAUAUGACCGUGCAGAUAUCGGAAAUGACCUCAGAGGAGGUGGUUUCUCCCACGCAAAGCCAUCAACGCAGGACUUCUAUAGAGUUAAGAAGACGGCCUUCGUUGUCCUCCAAAGAAGGAACGAGCUUUGAAGCAUCGGGAGACAUGGCGAGCCCUCAGGUCAGCGACGAGAAGAAGGUCAAUCGAGAUUGGAGCGACUUUAAAAUUUGAUGACUCCUCCUGCUGUCCCGCAAGAGGCAGCCAUCAACCAUGAAAAAGCACACCAGGUCAUCUUAUAAUAGGGAGGAAUAUGGAAUAAUGUGUCCGAACCCCCGCUGGACUCUCUCUCCUGAGUAUUCACUCCUCUCAGCGUAUUCCAAGGACUGUCCAACCGUUUCCUACCGGGACAUAUUUAAGGACUCAAUCCACUUCUGCAACAAAGGGAACGGAGCACAUAUUUGUUCUUCAUUGCUGGCUUUUGGGACGUAUUGCCUUUUACAUCCCUGUGGCCGAGACUGUCUGUGUGAUUGCUGCUGACUACAGUAUGCGUUGUUUACUGGACGAUCUGCGUUCAGGAAAGACGCUACUAUAGAAAGAUAUGCAUUACCCUCCACCCAUUCAAUCAUGCAAACCGCACCAGUGAGAGAGAAUUCAGAUGGGUCUAAACGGCAUAUCUGUUCUACUGCACUGUCAUCAACACGCCCUCCUCCUCCGGCUUUAGAGCAUCAGUCGCAACUCAUCCACCCAGUGAGAACUGCACUGAAACUGGACUCGAACCAACAGAACAAUGGUGGCGAACAGCCUGCGAGCACAAUUAUAGCUGUUACGUUAAGUUUAUUGGUCACUUUUUAUUUUGCCAUUUUCUUUUGUAACUGUACAUAAAUCAAUUUAAAAUCUUAUAGUUUUGUACAUGUAAUUUUUAUGGUGUGUGAUUUUUU